AUGACAUACCAAAAGCAAUACCAAAUGCAAACACACCACAUGCAGCAACAACAACUCCAUCACUUCGUCUUUGUCCACGGCUCAUGUCAUGGAGCAUGGUGCUGGUUCAAACUAGCUGCAAAGCUCAAGCUCGAUGGUCACCGUGUGACAGCUAUCGACCUUGGUGGCUCCGGUGUCGACACGAGGCAGCUCCAUGAGGUUCGUUUGGUGUCGGCGUAUCUAGAGCCUUUGAUGAGUUUCAUGGAGUCUCUCCCUGAAAACGAGAAAGUGGUUCUUGUUGGUCAUAGCUAUGGUGGCAUUGGAACUUCUCUUGCUAUGGAAAGGUUUCCGACCAAAGUCUCUGUCGGAAUCUUCCUCUCUGCUUACAUGCCGCACCAUGACUCUCCUCCGGCGGUUUUGAUUCAAGAGUAUUUUACGAGACUACCAGAGGGUUUCGCUAUGGACUGUGAGUUUACAUUCGAGGAAGGAUUAGAACACCCACCAAGUUCAGUUUUGUUCGGUACUAGUUUCUUGAAGGAGAAGGCAUAUAGUAAUUGCCAGUUAGAGGAUCUAGAAUUAGCCAUGGCGUUGAUGAAACCAAGCUGGUUAUACACUAAGGAAAUGGGAGGUGAAGAUCUGAUAACAAAGGAGAGGUAUGGAUCUGGGAAGAGAGUGUUUAUUGUCUGUGAAGGCGACAAUGUGGUUCCAGAGGAGAUUCAGAAGUGGAUGAUUAGUAACUACGAGCCUCACGAAGUUAAGCGGAUUGAAGAAGCUGGUCACAUGGCUAUGCUCACUAAGCCUCAUGAACUUUCUCAACUGCUACAAGAAAUAGCAGCGAAAUAUAACUAA